AGUCACAUGCAGAGAGGAGCCGGGACCAGAGACAGAACAGGAGAGAGCUGUCAAGCUGCGAGGAGGCAGCGCAGAGACGACUUAGUUCUUUUUUUUCUUCCUUGGAAUACAUUUUCCCCUCCGACCCUGAAGCCCACGCACACACACACACACACACACACACACACACACACACACGCUAGAAAAAGAGAUAUAAACACACAAACUCACAGAUGGUAAAGAGUGUGAGCAGUGAGUGUUUUUUCAGGAUCUGGACGUAUUGAAGCCUGACUAACACAACAGUUUGGAUUCAGCAUCUUUGCCACUUUGACUUGGACUUAGCGGCGCAGCAACACUUUGGACUGAGAGUGCGUGUGUAGCUGUCUCGAGUGUGCGCGAGUGUAUCUCUGGAUCUGGCGCGUCCCCUGAACGCGGCGCUGAGAUUUGGGCUCGCGGCGAGUCGGGCACUUGUUACUGUGGUGGGUCUGCAUUUGUGUGUGUGCGUGAGGAGCAGGAUGAACUGGCCGCUGACGGCGCUCCUGCUGGCCCACUUGGGGGCUUCCUUAGCGGGGGCAUGGAGAGCAUCUCAACCCAGACUGCAGUUCACACACUCCGAGCUCAUUCAGAACGGGCGCCUGCUGACGCUGCCCCUGGUGGCCGGGGACCUGCACUCCCUUCUGCCCGACGAAGACGGGAAGCGUCUCUACGUGGCCAUGAAAGACAACCUGCUGUCUACCAGCCUGGACGACAUAACGCAGAACCCACGCAAGCUAUACUGGCCCGCCAGUCCAGACCGAGUCCAAGAGUGUCUCAUGGCUGGGAAGGAUCCAGAGUUGGAGUGUGCUAACUUCCUGCGAGUUCUGCAGCCUUUUAAUCAGACUCACCUGUACGUUUGUGGCACUGGAGCCUUCAACCCCCGAUGUGCUUUCAUAGCUACCCGCGUCUUCCAACAGUCAGAGCACCAGACUCUCUCCUACAGCCAGACAGAGUGUGGGAAAGGGAAAUGUCCCUACGAUCCAUUCCAGAAAACCGCCUCCGAUGUUGUUGAUGGAGAGCUGUAUGCUGGGAUCACCUCGGACUUCAUGAGCCGGGACUCCGCCUUCUUCCGUAGUCUUGGCAGCCGCCGCGUCAUCCGCAGCGAGCAGUACGACUCCACCUGGCUGCAGGAUGCCCAGUUUGUGCGGGUAGCGCCGCUGUCUGAAACUGAUAACCCGGAAGAUGAUAAGGUCUAUGUGUUUUUCACCGAGCGCGCUCAGGAGGCAGAAGGGGCUGCUGGGAAGGUGCUCUACUCCAGAGUGGCACGCGUGUGCAAGAAUGACAUCGGAGGCCAGAGAAGUUUGGUCAACAAGUGGAGUACCUUCCAAAAGGCUCGUAUGGUGUGUUCAGUCCCAGGACCAGAUGGCCUACAGACACACUUUGACCAGCUACAAGACAUCUUUAUCCUCCAGGCCAAAGACAAGAAGAAUCCUCUGAUCUACGGCCUGUUUACCACCUCCAGCGAUAUCCUCAACGGUUCAGCGGUGUGCGUUUACCGAAUGGAAGAUGUGGUUCGAGCUUUCAAGGGAAAUUUCCUUCAUAAAGAGGGACCUCAGUAUAAGUGGGCAGAGUUCAUGGGCAAGGUGCCCUACCCGCGACCAGGAACUUGUCCCAGUAGCACGUAUGGAAGUUACAGCUCAACCAGGGAAUAUCCCGAUGAUGUCAUCUUCUUCAGCAGGACUCACCCGCUGCUGCAGGAAAACGUUCUGCCGCUGGGAGAGCGCCCCCUCCUGGUCCGAGUGGGUGUUCACUAUAAAUUCAGCAAACUCCUGGUGGACAGAGUGGAGGCCGUGGACAGCACCUACGAUGUCCUGUUUAUCGGCACAGACUCAGGCCUCGUGCUCAAGGCCAUCCAUCUGCCCAGAGAACACGGGCAGAGUCAGGAGGUCACUCUGGAGCAGCUGCAGGUUUUUCAGCACAAAUCACCUGUGACAGCCAUGACACUCUCAAAGAAAAAGCAGUGGUUGUUCGUGGGCUCCAGUGAGGGCGUGUCCCAGCUGGCGCUCUACCAGUGUGAGCUGUACGGUCAGGCCUGCGCUGAGUGCUGCCUGGCCAGAGAUCCCUACUGCACCUGGGACGGACAUGCCUGCAGCCCCUACAUGCCCACUGUGCGCAGAAGGAACGCUCGUCACUUAGGGGAGGAUGAGGAUCCGCUUACUCAGUGUGUCAGACAAGGAGCCGGACUGCAGGUCGAGGCGGAACAGAGGAUGAUGAUGGUUGCCGAGGGCAACAGCACCUACCUAGAGUGUCUGCCUCGAUCCAGACACGCUGCCGUUACCUGGUACAAACAGGCUGGAGAAAACAGUCCUGAACUCAACCAGGUGGUCACAGGUGACCAGCUAGUGGUGAUUGAGCGCGGCGUCCUGAUUCGUCAAGCUGAGCUGUCUCACGGCGGCGUCUACCACUGCCAGGUGGAGGAGCACGGCUACCACUGGACCGCCGUCACCGUCCGCCUGUCUGUCUGGAGUCCCUCAGCCAAUCGCCUACUUGCUUCCUGGUCUGCCUCGUCCUAUCAGAGCCCAGGCCAACAGCCCUGGUACGAGGAUGUGAUGGCGCUGAUUCACCCCGGAAACCUCGGCCAGCACUGCCGGGCGCUGGGAUACCGCCCCCCACGCAGCCAACGUCGCCAUAGCGAUAUCAUGGCAGUGCCUAACAAGGAGAAGGAGAAGGGCGAAAGGUACAAGCACGGGGGAGGACGAGGAGGAGGCGGAGGAGGAGGAGGAGGAGGAAGAGCAGCGGGGAGGAAAAGCAGGAGCAAGCCGCAGCAGAGGGCACCCAGGAGCGCUUGAACGAAAGCGCAGAUUUUCAGUGACUUAAACACAGACACACACACACACACACACACAUCUAUGUUAACGUCCACAUUAAGACACACACAUGUACACGCACACACACUUAACUUAUACACUGAGACACACAUACAUACUGUGUGUAAAAAGACUAUGACAUGCGCAUGCACUUAUCUAGAAACAAAAAAAGGCAUUCUUUCUUCAUAGUGAGACCGAGCUACACAUAAACAAACUGAUGUAUAGUAGGUUGUGAACAAAAGGAACAAAGACUUGUGAAUAAAAAGGAAAACGUCGAACACCUUAGACUGCGUCUUAACUGACCUGCGUUCUGAGACAGACAGGGGAAACACGUGCACACUGCCCCUUCUUCUUUAAAGCAAGGCAGAUGUGUUUAGAUUGAUUUCAUACCUUCCAGGCAGACACUGGUUUCCAUUAAAUUCAGUACGCUUUGAAAAAGCAACUCUAAAAUGCUUCAGAACUCAGAGUUAUGUUAUUGCAUUUGCAAGCCAAAUUUUCUAAACUUCACUAUGUUGUCCAAUUGAUGGACACGCAAUGUCGGUGGAAGAGUCAAAGCAAGAAGACAAACAAGGAUAGAUGGCUGCAGUUCACCUUCAGAGGCGCCCCGAACACAUCAGCCGAGACUGUACUCAAAACAGCUUAGCAGCUAAACUAAGAUGUAAAAUGGAAGGAAAAGGAGUUCAAAUCAAUCAGCAGUGACAGUUGAAGGGUUUUGAGAGGGCAACUGUAGGUAGUGAAUAGUAGUGAAUAGCACUGAUGAGUGUUCUUUAUCACAUGCCAACACUGCCAACACUACACCCACAGAGUUUUACUGGUUUCUUCUGACUGGUGGUCUGUGACCUAAAGACCAAAGGCAGGGUCCGCUUCCAUGAGGUCACAGAUCUACUUUCCCAGGAUGUGGUGCAAACGCAACGUGGGAGAUGUUUCCAUUAUAGUCUCCUCAUGGUUCAGAAAUGUUAUCUGGUAAUGAACACAGACAAAUCUGUAGCUGCGGAGCGCCUGAGAGCUCGGUAUCGGUGAGUGGGAAUAGAAAUGAAGACACGGGGAACUUGGUGUUAUCAUGUUGGUUUAGUUUGCCUGGAGUCCUACAUGGGUACAGUGUCUAGAUUUAGAAGAUAAUGUUAAUUGUUACGUAGGAAGAAGAAACAUCUGCACAUCAACGCUAACAAAUACAUUUAGAUGCUUCAUAAGUUGCUGGGAAAAUACAUGUUUAGCUGCUAUUGAGGUACAAUCAAUGAAACUAAGCGUCAUAAACACGGCCAUUUUGACAAAACCCAGACAUUUUAAAUGUAUUUCAUAUCCGAGUUCUAGUAAGUGAAGCUCUGUAUCUAUCUGAUUGUAACUUUGCUCAUGUCUGAUGACUCUGUACAGAUCAUGCAUGUUUUUCAACCUAUGGUUCACCCCCCCCUAAAUGGGCCAUUAAUGACAAUGAGUCGUUCCAGCUCUACUAAAAAAGUGGGGCUAAUAUAUGUCGCUGGUCUCGUAUCUCCAACUGGUCAUGAAAUCUGGCUGCAAAUUAUGAUGCAGGCUCAAUGUAUAAUAAGCUUUUAUUAUUAGUUGGAACUUGAGAAAGUGCUGAACAGGACCGGUGGCGACUGGACUCGUGGGAUUCAACUUUGGUGACUUUACAAGGCAGUAAAUUGUGAUUUGUCCAUAACGUUAAAUCAACACAACUUGUUCCAUCUCUAUUUUGCUUUCUGCUCAGUCGUAUUUAUUUUUUUGUCUACAGUAAAACUGCUUGUUUCAGAAUUUCAAAAUCAACCAACUCAACCUUCAUGUCUCAUAAACUGAAUACUUAUUUAAGUAUAUUGUUCUAAUCUUUCUUUCUAUAUAUCUACUGUGCGCACACAAUGAAAUCUGCACCGUGUUUUUUUGUAAUUUCCAUGUUUUCUGUCUCUUUUGAUAGACGUUUCCAUCACCACCUGUUGAAAUUUAGAGGAAUACUGCCAGCAGUCAUGGUAUUUUAUUGGGAUUCUGGCCACUUAUGUGAUUGCUUUGGGUCAAAGUACUGUUAGCUGAAAUUUUGAGGGCUUGUGUUUCUGUUUCUCGGAUGGUUUAAGUUGUUUUCCAGAACAGCGGCUACUAAAUAAAUGCUGAAAUAGAACUGAUCUGAUGGAGCAGUAGUUUACAGAGAUAAUGGACAGCGGAAAAGAGAAAAACUCACUGAAUUAAAACUUGGUUUAUUUAAAAUGGUUUGCUGAACAACACAUUUACGUUCAUGGAGUAGUCCGAUCAUAACAGCAUUUUCUUAUAUUUAGUCAUCCUACCGGGUCCUUUAGCUUCCCAUUGCAUUGCAUUGCUGGUUGUGUGUAUUUCUGAAUAUGUGUGUUUGUUCACUAUGCAUUUGUGUGUGCGUAUGUUUUAUAUGAGUGGGAUCACAGCGAGAGGAGCUGAAUCUUAGGUUCAGAAGCCAAGCCAUUAAAUCGACCAAACAUUUAGCUCAGCGAGGGAUUCUAGACAAAUUUGAUGCUGAACGAAAAAUAAACCAGACGAAUGGAGAGAAGAGCGAACCCGCAGAAAAUGCACAUUGGACUUUGCUCCUUGGCUUUGGCCACAUGAAAGAGCCAACCAGCCCCGAGCUACUUCUGAAUGUGUGUGGUUGAGUGAAGAGAGCGAGUUUCUACGGGAGUGGGUUGAAACGUUGAAAGUGUACAAGUGUUAGGGACAGCCAAGCCUCAAUAAGGAAAGGAGGGGGAGUGUGAUGCUGCAGUAAGAUUCAAAUUAUAAUUAGGAUUUGGUGUUUUCUGCUGUCCAAUAUGACAUUUAGGUUAGUAUAAGCAAACACACUUUGUUUGUGAGCAUUCACAAACAACAUUGUAUGAGCCGUCACCACCGACAUACUGUCUGGGUUGUUGAAUGCCAACACAUCUUGUUGCUAAAAAGUACACAGUUAUACACAAUUGGGCAUUAACGUGUAAACACUGUGUUACUUUAACCAAGAUAAUAGAAGUUAUUUCUACAUUAGUACAUAGACAAAUGAAUGAAUUGUAGUAAUAAUCAAAAAAUGGUGUUAUGCCAGCUUUAGUAUCAUCCAGUUCAGCUGUUAAUGGUUAAACAUUUUGGGAGAAAUUGUUUAAGAUGAGUGCAUUGAUGCAAUUAUCAUGUCAGCUAAGCUACAACCAGCAGCUGUGCACAAAGAAUGGCAACAGGAUGUACAGCUAGCUGGCCUUGCAAUUCCUUUUAAAAUGGAUGUGAACCUCAGGGACAUUUGACUUUUCAGAAAGACCAAUGAGAGAAUCCUUCUAGCCAUUACGUUACAGUGCAAACAUCAGAGGCAAGCAAGGAGAGACAGAGAGUUACAGUUCAGUAAAUAAGGCAACAUGACUGACCAGCCUUCGGGCAACAUACUGUUGGCAAAUGAAAAAAGCAGACUCUGCAAAGACGUUCACACAUUCUGUGAGCCAAAGUUAUCACAUCAAAUUAGGCGCCUGUUUUUCAGAAUUUUGCUAGUGAGAAGAUGCCAGCUUGGAUUUCAUUUAGUAUGCUGCCUGAGCAAAAGUUCUUAUUUUGUCUUGGCUCUCACAUGGAGAUGCAUCCAAUUCAACAACCUAGAGAAUAUGAAAAAUAAAGGUUAGAGGGUCUCUUACUUGUGGACGCUGCGUGUGUGUAUAUGAGCGCGCACUGUGUGUAUAUGUGGAGGAUUUAGAGGCAGAACUUGACAUUUUCAUGGCGGCGCAUGUCAUCCAUUGUGUUUCUGACAAAGAUUGGUGCACGGCUGCUCUCGGCCUUGCGUGUUUUACUGUUGAUUACUGUGGUAACAUCUCAGUGUCGAUAUUCGUCCUUGUUAUUAUCCUGAAUAACUUCUUUGGGGACAUAAUUAAAUUGUCUUGAUCGCUCAUGUGCAGGAACUUUGUUUUUUCUUUUCUUUUUGUAGAUAUGUAUAAAGGUCUGCUCUCAAUUGA